AAAAAUUAAAGUUACAAGGUAUUUCGUAUGAUCGAUGUACUUGAACAUGGUAAAACAAAGUUAUAAGAUUUAUUGUUAUCUUGAUAAUAUCUGAACGUUCUCGUAGAAGUAAGGCUUUUUUGUGGAAAAUACUUUGACACCUUCCUCGUCAGCAGUUUUGCUAGCAAAGAAAAAAUGGCGCCCACAGCCUCUAGAUCGCGCGACCACCGAGUAUGCUCUACUUGUGUACUUCCGUAACGUGCACCAAUCUUCGAUCAUACUUACUUUGAUAAAUCAACUAAUGAGUAUAUUAAGAGAAAUUCUUUGUGAAAAACAUGCUCAGAACGGGGAUGUAUUAUUAUUCAGUAAUUUGAAUCGUUGUAAUUUACGUGAAAAAUGAAUGUACGAGGUAAAGUGGCUUGACGUUAAUGUCAUUUAGAAGGAGAGGACGGUGCAAACCGAUGAAGAAGUGAACGUCGUUCUCCUUUCUUUCUCUUUUCUUUUUUGUUUUUUACCCUGAUACGCGGACGAGGAGGAGCUCGAGGGGAAAUAAAAAGGUAUCUCGAUGCACAAUACGAAUACCAAAGAACGUACGUGGGACAAAAUAAAUCUUGUCCAAGAUGUCAGGAAGGCUACCUCGAUUGCGUGCACUUCGUCCGCGGCCUCAACAAUCGAAAACUGAACUGCACAAGGAAAGUAACCUUAAAGAGGCUAGACAGGAAGUCGCGAUGAGGGAACAUGAGUUACGGGACAAUAGCGAAGAAAUUUCGUACGACGUUAAGGACAAUAACUCUAUGAGGAACAAUUUAAAACGUGAACACGAGGCAUUCGAUUGUUCAGGAACUUCUCAAAAUUACGAAUGCAAAACUUGUAAACCUCCAAAGUCUCUCUCCAGUCUAAAAGCGUAUCUCGAUCAUUUGAAAAAAGAACAUAAACAAAAGGGAAAAUUUAUACGUGAUAGUGGAAAUCGAUGUUCCAUGUGUUCGUACGUUUCAAUAAAUUCAAGGGAUCUUGAAACUCACCAGAGAGUUCAUCAUUUGAAAAGAAGAUUCUUUAGAUGCGCCAAAUGUUCUUAUGUAACCCACGUACGUGCUCGUUACACGAAGCAUGUAAAAUACCAUUCUAUGCCGAUGAUUAAAUGUGAUGCUUGUGACUUUCGUACUCCAUACAAGUGGAAUUUGGACAGGCACACCAGGAAUCACGGGGGAGGAGGAGCUUUCCAAUGCCGUGCUUGCAAUUUUACAGCUGAUAUUAGGCAGAGUUUAACAGUACACGAAACUAAUCAUCAUGAACCUCCUGUGAGUCAAACAAACCGCAAAUCUAAUGCACCUUAUGAGCGUAAACCAAGAAAUAGUCCUAAGCGUUACAAUCAGGUCGGUGCAAGUGAUUUUCGGGAUUCGUUACGAAUAUCUGGAAGUACAACUGUAUCAAUCAGUCCUGGAGAUUCGUACGUUUCCGAUCAAUCUCUAGAAGAUAAAAGAAACGCGAUGGCCAGCGCCGAAUGUAUAGCGUUAAAAUGCGAAGAAAAAGGGUGUCAAUUUAUUACAGCAUGGGAUUCUGAAAUGCAACGACAUUUAGCAGAAUGUCAUGCUCCAGUUACACCAAAUAAAUCUAAAAAGCCACUGCCAAUGUUAAUUCCUUUAAGUCCUGCUAAAUCUGGCAGCUGCAGUACCAGUGGAUCUUCAACGACAUUAUUAAAAGUUCCGCGUGUGAGGGUAAGACCGGAACUUGCACAAAUCGCAAGAGACACGGAACUAGCCAAAUUAUACGGAAAUAAAGAAGUCAGAAAUUUAAAGAAGGAUGCAAAUAAUGCGGCAGAUUUAUUUGAAAAAAAAAAUGCGUCCUUCUUUGAUAAGCUAAAGGAAAAGCUUACAACGUCGGCGUCAAUUAAUAAUGGAGUACCAGAGGUAGCUGUAAGUACUACGAACGAUUUGAAAUGCUGGUGUACUUUUAAAGCUAGUAGCAUGGAAGAGCUGGCUUGUCACAAACAAACACACCACACCGCUCUCAGUGUAUCUGUGGGUACAACGCGUUGUCCCAAGUGCAGAAGACGUUGCAAAAGUUCGACUGAUCUACAAGUGCAUAUGCAGUGUUGUCACUCGACAAGCAACAAUACGUCCAUUCACAAUAGCUUAGAAAAAUUAUCAAAUUGUUCAGAACUCCGUGUGACCUCGUAUCGCGGUGAAUAUGCAUUACCUGCGCAAACGGAUUGGGACAUUAAUCUCAGCGGACUGAAUUCUUCUGGAUCAUCGGUUGAAGGCUCCUCGACGCAUCCAUGUGGCCGACGGGUAUUUAAAUGCCCGCACUGUCCAUUUUGGGCAUCCACCGCAAGUCGUUUUCAUGUUCAUAUUGUCGGUCAUUUAAAUCGGAAGCCAUUCGAGUGUUCCCUAUGCGCGUAUCGCUCUAACUGGCGAUGGGACAUCACAAAACAUAUUAAACUUAAAGCAGCUAAAGAUCCAGUUCAUAUGACUGCCACGGUACUUAUGACGGAUGAAACAGGUCGACGGAAUUAUUCCAAAUAUAACAAAUACCUUGCACAGGUCGAGCAACAGUCGUGGGACGAUCAAACCAUGGAGGAACAUAAUACAGAAGACACACAGUCUGACGAGCCACCGACUAAGUUGUUGAUAAUGAACUCCAAUGAAUAUCUGCAAACAUCAGAACUUACGUCUACUCCCGUUUCAAUUAUGUCUGCAAGCGAUACAAGUCAUAACGUUAACGCUAUAAAUGCCGCGUUGAGACCACCUCCGCCUCUCAAAGCCGCUGCUAGAAAUCGUGGGCAAUCGUUGCUUAAAAAUAAUUUGAUUUCUCCGAAUGCACAAAGUGGAGCAGGCACGUCUACCUCUACUACGGUCACGGAAGAAAAUAAACGCACCAUGUGGAAGUGUAAGCGUUGCAAUUUUCGACAUUCCAAUAGAGAAACCGUAUCGUUGCACGUUAAGUCCCACAACGAGUCAGAACAACGUUACGAGGAAGAAAAGAAUGCAUUUAAUUGCGGAGAUUGUCCGUACUCUGCAUCCGAUGCCGCUAGUUUAUCUAUGCACAGAGUUCAUCAUCGUCCAAAUCUGGAAGCAAUUUUCAAAUGUUAUUUAUGUCCAUAUUACGUUAGCACAAAAGCAGAGCUUUUGGAUCAUGUUAGACUCCACGGGGAAGAACUCGCUGUCGUACAUCAACAAAAUAUGGAUUACAAUUUUUCACCUACUAAAUCUAAAACACAAACUUUAAGUAUUGAUAAUAAUACAAAUCGUACAAAAACAGAGAAGUGUGUCGAACAAGUUAUACAUAUAACAACGCAGAACAACGUGACUUGUGUCAGCGGUGCCUCAAAGAGUUCCAGCGCACCGCCGCCAUUACUGCUGGACACUCGAGCGUUGCCCGAAGCUCCGUUAGUGUGGGUGUCCCGACCGGAUGGUACGCUUACAAAGAUGUUAAAAUGCCGCCACUGCCCGUUCGUGUGUUCGCGACGUGCCGAAGUCCGGGAUCACGAAACCAUGCAUCUCGAUUCUCCAAGCAGUGGUCCUGUGAUCGCCUGUACGGAUUGUAGUUUCACUUGCACUCGAAGAGAAGUGAUGGUUGCCCACAUAGACAUGCAUUCCGGUUCUCUAGGUACCGUUCAUUGUUUAGUAGACGAUUCUAGGCCAGAUUCGCAGCAAUUAAUCGAUCUGACCGCGCUUCUCGGAUUUACGCAUUCCCCUGUAUUGGGUUCGGAGCCCGAUUUGCGAGACUCGAGACUCGUGCAUUGCUGCAGUAAAUGCCCAGCACGAUUUCUGUGUGAGAAAGAACUGAGGAUUCAUUUGCGAUAUCAUUCCACGGAAUUGGCUUACUCUUGCCAGUGGUGUUCUUACGCUGCUCGACAACCGGCUCACCUUCUGGCUCAUCAGAAAGCGCACUCCACCGAGUAUCAAGAACGCACUAAAUAUUUGUUGUCGUUGUACGGUCAUUCGCAACGGUACCCACCUCCUACUACAGCCUGCGUCGAAACAAAUGGCCAGGGUGCGAAUAACUCGUCGCCUACCGUCGCGUGGAUCGUUGUCGAAAUUACCGAAAGUUCAAGCAACAGUUUCAAUGAUAGCUCGAGCAGCACGAAUCAACGAACCGGGAAUCAAGUGUUCACCUGUGCCAAAUGCCCGGCCCGUUACUUCAAGAUGGACGCUUUGGAGUAUCACAUGACUCUGCACGGCUCGAACAACAGAUUCAAGUGUACCGAAUGCGACUACUCGUCGAAAACUGCUCAGAAUCUGGUGAAGCAUCAGGUGGUUCAUCGUCGUCAGAACGAAACGGGUGAAACGACUUCGAAUUUAUCGACGUCAAUGCCGCCGCAGCCGCCUCCGCCUCCUCCUGAUCCCCAAUUCGGAAUCUUCAUGCGUGGCAAUCCAAACUUCGUGUAUCCUGGUUAUCUAAGGAACGGCCGUUUGAAAGAGAAACGUUACAAAUGUCACAAAUGUCCCUCGGCCUUCGAGAAACGAGAGCAAUACAGAGUACACUUAACGCUACACGGAGCGAAACAGAGAUAUCGUUGCGACACUUGCGACUACUCCGUUAAAUAUUACGCUAACUAUAUUCAACAUCUGAAGAAACAUCAAGCGAACGCCGAAGCGCAAGCCUCGCGUAGGCAAUUCGAGGACGAUACGAUUACCAUUGACAGCGAUACGAUUUCCGACAACAGAGAAUCUGUAUCCCGUUCAGGAAAGACUCUAAAGUCGUCGAGUAACUCGUCUGCAUCGGUGUCCACGAAUGGCAUGUCGAUAUUGAAUUAUGGCGGAGUUCAAGCAUCGAAUCAAGACAAGCAGUCUUUAAUGUUGUUGCAGAAGAAAGGUAUACUCGUGUCUUCCAACGACGAAGUCGAAACGUUACGCUGCCAGAGCUGCCCAUUCUCCACCUGUGACAAAGACGCGAUGGAUGCUCACAAGCGUCGUCACGGUAUCGAGAGAAUGACUCCAUCCUGUCCCCACUGCGAUUACAUCCCUCGAAAGGACGAGAACGUCGGAGAGCACAUAAGACUACAUUUCACAAGACUUUAUAAACCGGAAUCCUAUCUUAUAAUAGAGCUUCUAACUUUAACCAUGAAAAAGAUAGCGUCGAACGGGAAGGAAGAGAAGCAGAAGGCUGCCGAAUUACUUUUUAAAGAGUACGCGGACGGGAGAUUUUUUCCAUUCGCUGACACCAAUUCUUUUGGUAGUCCGUCGACCGUCAACAGCCACAAGGAGAAGGUUAUAGUAGAUCCAAAUACUGGAGAAACGAAACACCGUUUUGCCGUUUAAAUUGAACGUUCGAUAACGGUGUCAUGUACAUUUUUCUGUAUAUAAUAUUAAUUAUACAUAUAGCACGUAUUAGAUGUCUAUAAACGUUCUCUAGGUUGUUCAAUUUAUCAAAUUAUAUCGGAAUCAUUGACGGAUUAUUACGUUCAAGUAAUAGGUUAUAGAAAAGUCUGCAUGAAAAUAAACAUAAAUUUUGUUCUUAGAAACUCGUGUGCUACGAAACUAAGAAAAUUGUGUGCAUGUGUGCGUGGUUUACACGCGUAAGUGAAACUUUUUUUGUAUUUAUUACGAAUAGAAAAUUGGGGAUUCGAACGAUGAAUCGUGCCCAUAGAAGUUUCGCUUGAAAAGUCGCUACUGCUAUAACGCCAACGUAAUCGUGAUCAUUGUUUGUAGCUCGAUAUUCUUUUUGAGCUUCAUAAUCGAACGCGACGUAAUCGAUUAUUAAUAUGCCAUAUUUUAUUCGUUUGUUAAGUAUUCCUCCAGACAAGUUAAUGUUAUUGUAUAUAAAAUUUAAAACGAUCUUGUAUAAUA